AUGUAUCGAGUUAUCUUUAGUUUUAUGUUAAUACAUUUUUUAGUAAGUGGUCAAUCACCCUGCCCAGAUAAUUUUGAAUAUUUUAAAAAUGACAGGGGUGUGUAUGGGUUAAUAACCAUACAACCUUUCGGAAAAGUUUCUACAGUAUAUUUAGAAGCAAAAUUCACAAUAGGAGCUAGGGUGCCUCCUAACUAUGCCCUAGGUAUAGAACCUAUAGGCUCCGAAUUAAAUCUCCUGGACAACUUCAACCGAGGAGUACCGUUAAAGUAUCAAGUGAGUUUUCCCUCUACAUCCCCUAUACCGAAGCUGGUUGAACUUACAAUCAACAACAACGUCUUUUGUCGUGGAGCAGGAGAUAGCAUAAGCAGAUUUAAUACAGUGACGACAAUAAAUUUACAACACACGCUCUAUUAUAAAGUACAACCCAAUGGAUUUUCCAACGUUAUUCAACCGCGGCCUCAAUCCCCAGCAUUACCUGCACACGAUAUUUUAGACGAUUAUAAUGCAUAUUUAAUUAAGGACGGAUCUGUUUAUAAUAUUGUUAAAGAUAAACCGACUUGGCAAGAUAAUAGAGAUGAUACAGACAUCAUACCGGAAAAUAUACCCUACGUACCUAUAAUCUCCAACGAGCAACCUAAUUGGCAAGGAAAUAAAGUUUAUCCAGUUCCGUCAACCGAAUAUCCUGUUACGGUGCCCAGACGGAAAGUAAAUGUCCCGGAAACGACUACCCAAAUUGCAACAAAACCGCCUAAACCAAAGCCGGCACCUAGACCUAUACAAAGCGGCUCAUCAAACUCAAUAGAAUGUGGAAUCAAUAGCAGCAAUGAGCCUGUGGCUUUGGUAUACAAAGGGUACUCAUAUGAGAGAGGAGAAUGGCCGUGGCUGGUCGCACUCUAUAAGUCCCAGUUUAGCAGUUUGUCAUAUAUCUGUGCUGGGACUCUAAUAUCUGAUCGACAUGUCGUAUCUGCUGCACAUUGUAUUCGAAGAAAAACGGAAUUGAAAUUAAGCAAUAUAGUAAUUAAAGCAGGAGUGUACAAUCUCGACGACUGGACUGAUAUAUCAGUCAGUAAAGUCCUUGGGGCUGCCAUACACGAAGGAUACAAUACUUCAACACUUGAAAAUGACAUCCUCGUGUUGACCCUCGAUAGAACUGUUCCUUUUGGAGAAUUCAUAAGACCAGCUUGCCUCUGGAGUGGGGAUACUGACCUUAGUCGAAUUGUCGGUACUUCAGGAGUUGUGGCUGGUUGGGGAGCUAGUGAGUUUGGUACAGGGGGAAUGGGGGAACCACUCAUGGUGAGAAUGCCUAUCGUCAGUACAACUACAUGUAGAGCCAGUAAAGCAGAAUUCCAUAGAAUAACCUCAUCAAACACGUUAUGUGCAGGUGACCGUAACGGUUCUGGUCCAUGUUUGGGGGACUCAGGUGGAGGACUCUACAUUUUGGACAAUGGCAGGUGGAGACUACGGGGGGUGGUUUCUAAGUCUCUUCCGUCAGAUGACCCCGAAUACUCUUGUAAUCUUAAUGAAUAUAUAGUGUUUACUGACACCGCACAAUAUUUGCCAUGGAUUAAAGACAUAAUGAGUAAAACUGCUUUA